GUAGUCUUGCAAGCACAACGACUACAUAUCCCAGUAAGCAUCGCUUUAUUAACGCACGUUGUGAACCAUUUUCACAUUGGUAGACUUUUCUUUUCGGAUUGUCAUGACGCGCAGUCAGUGUCUGACUCGGGUGUAAGUACUUUACCUCACUGAUUCAAACCACCAAGAAUCAUGGAGGAUGACUGCAAACCUUUACUGGGCUCUGUCCGAACAGGAGAAAGCUACACUCACAGAGGGUCUACGGAUUCACUUGAUUCAAGAGCUAAAAGGCCGUUCCAUGUGGAGCCCAGGAAUAUAGUUGAGAAUACCCCCCAGGAGAGAGUGACUUCUGAGGCCUCUGUCCUGAGCAGCCGAGUUCACUACUACAGCAAGCUUACUGCAUCCUCUGACAGAUUACUGAGUCCUCCAGACCACGUGAUCCCUGCACCACAAGAGAUCUAUGUGUACAGCCCACUGGGAACAGCCUUCAAAGUAUCCAAAGGAGGGGAUGUAUCGUCCAAAAAUCCUAGUAUCGUCACUAUUUUUGCCAUAUGGAAUACAAUGAUGGGGACAUCUAUACUCAGCAUACCAUGGGGCAUAAAGCAGGCAGGGUUCACUUUGGGGAUCCUCAUCCUCAUCUCCAUGGGCCUGCUGACCCUCUACUGUUGUUACAGAGUGCUCAAGGCACCUAAAUCAAUACCGUACAUUGACACCUCCGACUGGGAGUUUCCUGACGUGUGUAAAUACUAUUUUGGGAAGUUUGGCCAGUGGUCCAGUCUGGUGUUCUCCAUGGUGUCACUCAUUGGUGCCAUGGUGGUCUACUGGGUCCUCAUGUCAAACUUCCUCUUCAACACUGGCAAAUUCAUCCACAACUAUGCUAACAAUGUCAGCAUGUCUGAUUCAGAUUUUGGGACCAAUGGUUCAGAAAGAGUGAUCUGCCCGUUCCCAAACUCCAUCCCUGGAGGAAACUCCAGCAGCUUCAACAUGAAUUAUCUGAGUGCCAGCAACUCGUCAGACACAGCCCUGUUUGAUCGCUAUUGGAGCAAAACCAACACCAUUCCUUUCUACCUCAUUGUCUUGCUGCUGCCGCUACUCAACUUCCGUUCUGCAUCCUUCUUUGCCAGGUUCACUUUCCUAGGAACAAUAUCUGUUAUCUACUUGAUCUUCCUGGUCACGUGGAAAGCUUUCCAUCUUGGCUUCCACUUGGAGUUCCACUGGUUGGAUUCAACACAGUUCUAUGUUCCAGAGUUCAGGCUGCUGUUCCCUCAGCUUACUGGUGUACUGACGCUGGCUUUCUUCAUCCACAACUGCAUCAUCACACUCAUGAAAAGCAACAAGCACCAGGAAAAUAAUGUGCGAGACUUGUCUGUGGCUUAUCUAUUAGUGGGACUGACAUAUCUGUAUGUGGGAGUGUUGAUCUUUGCAGUCUUCCCCUCACCACCAUUGUCUAAAGACUGCAUUGAACCGAACUUUCUAGAUAACUUCCCUAGCUGUGAUGUGCUGGUGUUCGUAGCUCGCACCUGCCUGCUGUUUCAGAUGACCACAGUAUACCCUCUGCUUGGCUACCUGGUGCGUGUUCAGAUGAUGGGACAGUUCUUUGGCAAGCACUACCCCAGUUUCUUCCACGUCCUCACACUAAACAUAUUUAUUGUUGGAGCUGGAGUCCUCAUGGCUAAGUUUUACCCCAACAUUGGUUCCAUUAUAAGGUAUUCGGGGGCUACAUGCGGUCUGGCCCUGGUGUUUGUUUUCCCCGCCAUGGUCCACAUGAUCUCUCUAAAGCGUAGGGGUGAGCUCCGCUGGCCCUCUGCCAUCUUCCACAGCUUCCUCAUCUUCCUGGGUGUGGCCAACGUGUUGGGACAGUUCUUCAUGUAACUUAUUACUCUGGGUGCUCACAUAAAUGCCAGGCCAGUGUUCCACCUUGAACAUUUUAGGUGUUGCACACAAAAAAAAUUACAAAUGUAGGGGCAACACUGCUGCUGUGAGUUUAGGUGACAUUGUAGUUAUUGUCACACUAUGGAUGGACUGUAUUUAUGAGUGAUCUUACAAUCUGCAUAACACACUGGUAAAUUAUUACAAAUGUCUUUGUCUUCUAAAUACUUAUUGAUUUCCUGUCUUUGCACUUUCAUUAUCUUCAUACUGAUCUGUACUUUAAUUUUGCAACAAAGUCACACUUAAAGUCAAUGACAUUAGUCUAGAUAUUUUGGCUAAACCUUUCUUCAUACAUAUUUACAGCCAAUACAAACGUUCCCAAAACCUUGAGCAAGAUUUUUAUUUAUCUGCAAUUGGUUAAAACUGCCAGUUUGCACAGCUAUGCUCAGGUGUAGGCCUGAUAUAGAGAUGAUAUGGAGAGGUUAUUUACCAUAUUUGAUUCUAGAUUUGAGAGAACUAUAGCAAAGUCACUCUUUUAUACAUUGAAACUCUCAAUCCCAAAACCAUUUAGUUUCACUUAUUUAGAUUUGACUAACUUCUCACCCUGCUGCAUCUCUGGGUUUUGUAGUUGCUUGCACUUAUGACCAAGCUUCAUGCCACUGUUAGGAUUCCUGUGUAAUCACAGAAACACUAGUGACUAGUGGUUACUGGGUGUUCUAGAAAACUAGAAGAAAAAGAAUUCUCCCCAAUUCAAGCAAAAUGUAGACUGAAGCUGAAUCAUGUGUCAAGUGUACAUUCUCUUACAGCUAAAUAAUUCAAAAAUAAAUGUGAUGCAUACGUACAAUGCUGAGUAUUGAGUCAUGUUGUUUGGAUUGUAUUUGUAACUUGUCUAUCCUGUACACAUACAGUCCUUUCAAACGUUACCAAGCACCAACUAUACUUUAGUGAAGUUGUGGACAUUUUGCUAUAUUUAGAAUACCAGUAUCUUAAAAUUAGUUUCUGAUUGUUUUGUUUGUAAAUGCAAUGCAAUAAAUGCUGAUGGUGUUAUAUACUGUAACAGUUACAAGCAUGGAAAAAAGGAUUGGGUAAGUGAAUGUAAACAGUCAGACUUUAUCUAAAUGAUGAGUUUAUCAUUAGUGAAUUUUCUUUGGGCCUUCGGUGUAUGUGUUUGUAUAAUUGUCCUAAGGGAUUGUUACAUGCUGGAUCAAAUAAUACAGCAUACCUCCACAUGGUUGAGGUAUUGGUGGUGAACUGAUUUAACACUAGAUGAGUGGUAGGGACAGAAGCUCCUAGUCAUUCUAUUCCAGCGUUCAAUACACUUCUUGCAAUGCACAAUUUACUUACACCAUACAUUUUUUUCAUUGCUGGAGUUGCUGAUUUACAUGGUGAUACAUUACAUUUAGUCAUUUAGCAGACGCUCUUAUCCAGAGCGACUUACAGUAAGUACAGGGACAUUCCCCCGAGUUGGGUGAAGUGCCUUGCCCAAGGACACAACGUUAGUUGGCAUGACCGGGAAUCAAACUGGCAACCUUCGGAUUACUAGCCCGAUUCCCUCAGCCAACAGACUCCCAGACUGAUACAUCCCAAAGCAAAUUUUUUAUGUUGUAAAUGUAAAUGUAUUGCUCUGCAGGCAUUGUAUUCUACAUGUACAUUUAUGCUUGGAAAAUGCAAGAAAUAGAGAAAAAUAAUAAUUCUGUUGAUGUUCAUAUGUAAGACUCCUUUUAAGGCCACAAAAUAUAACAGACUAGUGGGGUAAUUCAAAGUCUGGAAUUUAUUCAAGUCUCAAAACCAGCAACUAUUACUGUUUUGAGAUAACUUUAACAUUAUCAUUGCAGGAAAUUUGUCAAUAUAAUGCAUGAAAUUGUAAUACAUGCUGCUAAGUAAUGUUUAAGGAGAGGAGGGGGGGGCUGGACUGAGCAUCUUUAUACAGUGCAAGAGGAAGAUAAUUUGUGGUUUGGCAGUGAGGAAAAACUGUGUUUCUAUUGGAUGGGAUUGGCUAGAGAAUGUGUCUGCCACAGAAGCAGUUAAGAUAAAUAGCCUACAGUGGCUUCCUUCCCAUUUUGUCAUCUGAACUGAUCUGAAAAUGUGCUACCAUGUAGCGGCUUCCCAUAAGAAAUAUGUUUGAACUGAUCCAGCUUUUUACACAUUUGUGCCAAAAUG